UCAUUGGCGGAAUCCGGAUCCCAUCUUCGUCGUCAUACCCAACGUUGAAGACCUAUCCCUCGUCAUCGCUCAUGUCGAACUCGAACCUAACCAUUCAAGGAUUACGUGGCAUAGACGUAGACGCCGCCGCCGCCGAGUUCUGGCUUCGCAACAGCUCUGAGGUCCGUCAGGCAGCCGUCAUUAAUCGUCCCGACGACCCCAUUAGCAUACCAAACGAGUCUUGCAGCGACACCUCUAUCGUUCCAUCUGCCUACCGUCCUCCCGUACUCGCAAGCGAACGCGCCCUUCUUUGGACCACCCCUCACGGUCUCAGUUUUCAGCAUGCACUAGAACAGCAUUAUCCCGAGUCCCAUAUAAUCAAAUUAUUCUUUGUCAUGGCACAGUCUCUCGAUGAAAGCACCAACAAUGACUAUGGCGUGGGUCUGCUACGUUUCACCCAAUUCUGUGAUCGCCUCUCCAUACCAGAACAAGACCGUAUGCCCGCUUCCGAGACGCUGCCGGUUCAAUCUCCAAGUAGCACCGCGGAAAAUUGGCUUGCCGGCCUUCGCUUCUGGCACGUCAUUAAUGGUGCUCAGUGGCAUGGUGAACGCUCCGAAUGCCUUCGUCAAGUUCAACGCGGUCUCCACCGUCUCGCUCCCCCGGAUUCGGACCCCAAGCACCGUCCACCAAUCACCCUCGAAGCGCUCAUUCAGUUACACCAAGGCCUUGACCUCUCCAGUACUUUCGAUGUUUCAGUCCUGGCCAUCGCUUCUCUUGCCUUCUGGUGCGGUUGUCGUCUUGAGGAAUUAGUCAUUCCCGCUCCUGAUUCCUUUGAUAUAACUAAGCACGUCACCCGCUCCGUCUUACCCAUUGCUGCUCAUGACUCUGACAAUGUGCAACACUCGACCUUCCAUAUACCAUGGACUAAAACCACCGGCACUAACGGCGUCGACAUCAACAUCACUGCCCGAAACCAUCCCACCUGUCCUCAUGCAGCCCUCUUUCGUCAUAUCAAGGCCAAUCCUAACAUCCCAUCUCAUGCCCCCCUCUUCUCCUUUGAAACAUACAACAGCACCUGGACUCCCAUGACCGAACCAUGGUUCCUGGACCGCUGCAACCAGAUCUGGGUCGCCUCUGGCCAUCCCCACAUGCCCGGGCACAAAUCGGCGGGACCGUGGGGCUUCUCUUAGAAGGUGUUCUCUCAGGCAUGGUCGCCACUUAGGGCCUAUGGCAAUAUCCCCCUUUCUUAGUCCAUUAUCUAUCGCUUCUGCCUUCUCGUCUGCAUUUCUCUCGUUCACUUACAUCGCUCCCAUUCGCUUCCAUUGCUCUCGUUCGCUUAUAUUGCCCUCGUCCUCUUACAUUCAGUCAUGCAAGACUUUCAACGUCAUCAUAAUAUGCUUCACACUGCCGCAUCACGCACUUCCCAUAAUCGCAUUUCACACAAGAACCGGUUUCCAUUAUCACCGUUGUAUAUCAGUAGCACACCGCAGAAUUUCACCAUGCAUUUGACUCAAACUAACUUCUCGU